AUGGAGCAGCAGCACGGUCCGCAGCAGCCUCAAGAGCCCAUUCCUCCCCCAGCGCCUGCAGAUGCAUCUCACGAUGCUCUCCAUAGUAUGCCCGCAGCUGCAACCAAGGAACCUCCAGCCGAAUCUCAUGCUGCGCAAGAAACGGACCCUCCACGUAAACGUCGCCUCCUCUUCCCCAAGGCUCGCCCUAAAAAGAUGCAGGAGUUCUUAGGCCGUCGCCUGAACACGUCUGCUGACUCUUCUGAAGGGUCGAGGUUCAGAGUAGUCGAAGUGGAUGGUGCUCCAUCUCAAGGCCACCAGGAACCGCAAGCAUCAGCGGGGGAUAGCAUCGGAGGCGCAGACGGAAGGAGAAACGCCAGGAGGUCAUUCGAUGAUGCAAUGGCAAACGGACAAGCAAUAGGCACCUGUCAACAGACACAAAACGCUCGUGGCGGGAUAGAAGCCGAGGACCACCCGGUAGCAGGAGCUCAAAGCCAUCCAGCAGCAGCCCGGGAAGAUGCUUUGAGUGCUGACAAGCUUCAAAUGAAAGUCGAUGGAACUGAAACAUCUUUGAGUUCGAACGUCGAACAUCUCACGACACAAGGAGCAUCUGAAGCCCAUACCAACACACCGACAACGCCCCAAGGAGGAACAGCUACAGCUGGGGCAGCAGCUACCCCAGAUGCUCUAUCAGCAUCAACAGCUCUUCUGGAUUCUUCUUGCCUGGAUGUGCAGCGGCUAACUCUGAAGUCGCCGACGGGGCACCAAGGGGAAGAUGGUGAGGCUGUGUUAACUUUAGCGGGGCCACGAAAGAGCCCCCCAGAAAAGAGGCCAUCGUCUGGGGCUUGUGAUUGUGCAGAAGGAGAGGCACUGCAUGGAUUAGGGGACCUGGGGGACGGCGGGUUGGGGCCUUUGAAAGUAGAAGACUUUUCGGGAAUUCCCCUCGCAGCCCGCCUCCAAAGUAAAGUAAUUAAACAAAGAGCGCACGGAUGUGACGAAGUGGUGGGCCGUCUAGAUGCCUGCGGUAGCUGUGAGGAGCGGGUUAAGUUGUGGGAGGAACUGAUGAAGCCUCACUUUGGCUCGAUCGUUAAGGAUACAAAUGCCCUUAUGGGAACCAAGACAGUUGAGCUGCUGCAGGCGCUUGUGGGGAGCACACCCUCAAAGGGUGCAACAGCAGCUCAUGCUGCUGCCUUCCCCGCUGCUGCUGCGCUGCCACUGCUGCAGCAGCACGGGAAGCAAAUCAUAUCGCAGAUUUUGCCCAAUCCGAAGCACUUCUCUGGCUGCUGUGACGUUCUGAUACAGCUUAGUAGGGGCUCAGAAGCGUGUGUUACUGAAACCGUAAACAUCGUAACAGCUAGUUGCCAGACGCUUCUAACGGAGAAGAAGGGAAACGUAGCAGCUAUUAAGGGUCAGGGACUUAGGGUAAUAGGCAGCAGCCUGGAUCUGCUACUGAAGAUGCUGGAAAGCUUUGGCUUGCAACUUGUGAUGGCAGUUGGAGGAGUGCAAAAUCUGAUGAAGUCCAUUGGUGCGUUUGCUGCCUGCAGCGACAAGCGGGUCAGGGGGGCUCUGUCCUCCCUUGCCGCCACUGCAGUGUACUUCACAGGUGCUAUGGCAGGAGACACGGCGGGUGCAUCAGCCAAAAAAUCAGUUCUUGAGAGCUUGAAGAGCAGCAAAUCAAUGCAGACCGAGGUCGAAAAGCUGCUUGAAAAGUUUCAAACGGAGCCGCCUGCCUCUCCGUCCCUCGCCAUUGCAGGAAUGGCUGUUGAAGGUCAAACUUCUGCCAGCCCUCAAAAUUCGGGGGGCAGCGGAGGCGGACAGGGCGGCGUGGGAGCGUCUCUGGCUUCGCGUUUCGUGACUGAGACGGAUGUGAUUAAGACUGUUUGUCAGCAGCAGACGGAUUGGAUCGUGAGGGCCACCGACGGGGUGCAACCUGCAGCACGAGGGGACAAAGAAGCAGAAGAACCCCCAUGGAAGGUCAAGAUGCAGGCAUGGCAACAGCUGGAGACAGCAUUGAGGGACUGUGUGUGUUUGUACAAGAAGAACCCCUUUCUGCAUCAGCAACUAUUGCCCCUCCUGCAUCGCGUGCUUACAGCUGAGCCCACUCUCCCAGUGGUGACAUGCGCCCUAAAAACGCUGCAGAUGCUAGUGCAGCUGCUGCUGCAGCCACUGGGUGGAGAUGGCUCACAGCAACUACAACAGCAGCUGCAGCAACAGCUGCGCGGGCUACUGCCAGAUGCUCUAGCGAAGUUGAAAGUUAACAACAGGCCGGUUCAGUCAGCUGCCUGCUCAUGCAUUGGGACUUACCUUUCAUGCAUCCCCUUGGAUGUUGUGGUAGGGGACUUGCUGCCGAUUAAAGAGAAGCUCGCGCACUACCAGAAGUUGCUGCUUGACGAAAUAACCAAAGCAGCAGAACAGCAAGCGGGGGGGGCCUCAACUCUGCAAAAGGUUGCUGCGCAGCUCCUUGCAGCAGGCCGGACAGCAGCGGAAGACGGGAACGCCGGAGUGAGAGCUGCCGGAGUUGCACUGAUUGCUGCUGUUGCGAAGCAUACACAGGGCACUGUUGCAGUUGAUGAAGCCAUGCAGAAGCUCUCCGAACCAAAACGACAGCAGCUACAAAAGGCACUUGCGGCUGCUGGUUCGGCGCCAAAAGGAGCCCAACCCGUGAUGCCCCCUCCCCGCCGUCCGCCGAAUCAAGGAGGUCCUACCUCAGGCGUCCCGUUUUCGCGAAUGCGUAGCCGCGGUGCUGUUGGCGCCUCAGUGGGAGCAGGAGGAGGAACACAAGCAGCAGCAGCUGCUGCGGUGCAAACCAGUACAUCUGCUUCGGAGCGGUCAGGCGGAACUGGCGUCUCUGGAGUGUCCAAAAGCACUUUCCGCCGACAGGGAAGCGGAGCAGUAGGCAGUGCCAGUGCGCGCGUACCUCUCCAGCGCUUUGGUUCGUCAGGAACCGUACUGGGGUUGCCCCCCGGGGCAGGGGCGCAUGGGGCGGCCGCUGCACCAGGAGGCCAAUGGGAGGUUCCCCAUGCAGCCACAGGUCUAGACGAAGCGGAGGCAAGGACAAAAGAACUGCUGCCUGACGACCUCCUGCAGAAUCUUGAGGUCCCUGCUGGGCUGGAAAGGAAGAAGGCAUACGAAGACCUUGAGCAUUGGUUCCGUCAGCCUUGUGACUGCAAUCUCUGCAGACAUGCGCAAGACGAAAUGGACACCGAAGAAAGACCAACAAGCACUAACAGCAGCAACAACAGCUCCUGCUGCCGACUCGAAACGCUUCGCAAGUCGGCCGUUCAUGUUCUACUGCACCUGCGUUCCAAGAUGAGAGGCUUCAGGGAGCGAACCGCCGCGUUAGAGGAUGCAUGCAUUGCAUGUCUUCAGGGCAUCCUGGGGGGUUUGCUGCCUCCCGAAGAUGUCUCCGCAGUGACAGCCGUAGCAGGGGCCGGCGGGGCAGGAAAAGACGCAUCUAAUUUGGGGAAAACGAACACACACAAGGGGACAGGCCUAAGAAGCCGGCAACUUCCUGCUGUUGAUAAAGCCGUCAUAAAUGUGGUGUUGGAGCCUCUUGGAGACCGCCUAGGGGAUCCGCGGGUGGGCAGCCCCAUUGUGACCAUUGGUCUUCUGUUGUCUAAGUGCGUAGACAGCCCAACUACAAUUGCUGCUCAACUAGCCCUUCUUGCCGAAGGUCGCGUUGGGGGAGGCCGCAUCGUACACGGCGUAUGCCAGUUGCUCGAGCAGCUGCUGCAGCUGUGGGGUCUGCCGGCGUUCUCUCCGCCCAAGCAGUUGGUCAUGAUUGUUCGGCAGAUGUUGGAACCCAGUAAGGGAUCACGUUCGGUCGUCUUCCCCCUGCUGAAGCGGUUGUAUGCGGAGCUUGGUGAUAAAACCAUGUCCGCUAUGCUCGUUGCCCACCCGCUGCCCGACGAGGUAAAGCACGCGCUCAAGCAACAACGGCAACAACAGCAGCAUCAGCGGGAGCCGCAGUUGCAACAUGCACAGCACACAUCGGAGGACUCCACACCAACUUGGGAGCUUGCAGUCGCUGCACUGACAGCAGGCGCUGCCGCUGCUGCGACAGCAGCUGAUUCUGUCGCCUGCGCAGAACGCCCGUCGUCAACGGAUAAUUCUUGUGUUUCGGUGGCGCCAUACAUAGGCUCUGACUUGCUGCAGCGUCUCCAACAAGGCCACGACGAAGAGACAGUUGUCAAAGGGCUGAACGAGCUCAUGCAUAUCUUUGUAAACAAGGUUGGGGGGAGGAUCAAGCCUGAAGGGCUGAGUGGUCUCGUAUCGUUGCUGCGGAAACGUCUAGGGGAUUCGAGUGCUUCUGUGAGAAGGCACGUAUUGCUGGCGCUGGUUAUUUUUUGUGACCGCCUCGGAGUCGACACUCCCCAAGACGCUGGUAAUGCAGUAUCCUCACCUCCCCCCGCCCGUGUCUACAAACAGAUGCUGCCUGCAGCGGCUGAAUGCCUUUGCGACUCCGACAAAAAGGUUAUGCAAGCAGCUUACGUUGCAACUGCCAGGUGGAUGACUGCUUUGGGUCUCGCGGAGUCGAUGGCGCUACUGAGCCCCUUCCUUUCCAGCAGCAACAACACCAGCAGCACGACAGGAGCCACUUCUCUCUCUAACAGGCCCUUUGCUGGGGCCGUUCUGCGACGGGCCUUCUCUAUCGGUUCAUCGGGAGUAAUAUUACAGUAUAAGAACUGCAAGAUAAAAGAGGCUCUGUUUGCUCUGCUGAGCGUUGCCAUGCCGGUGGAAGCCUCACAGAAGUCGCUGUUGCUCUCUUCACUUGUACCUCACCUCCUGGAUGCGGCAAUUCCGCAGCUUCGCGGAGAAAGUUCUUCGGGAUCUCCUGCGGCCAGUGCCCUGCUAUCUCUUGUUGUGCACGAGGCCUGCCCGCCUGAAGCUAUCAUUGAAGUGAUGCAGCAGAGACUGUCCGGGCAGGGGCAGCCGUCGCUUCCAGGCCAAUCAGCAGAGACUGCCCUCAAGCAAGUCCUAGUUUCAUCUGACAUCCUGCAGCGUCUGAUCAAAGCGCGGCAGGGAGCUCAGGCUACUGUGCGGGAUCCCCUCUUGAAGACUUUGCAGUCGCCGAGCGGAGCCAGCACAAGGAAACCCCCGCUACAACAAGACCACCAAACGAAAGCUAUGGAUCUUGUUUCGGAGGAAUCCACUCGGGCUACGACGCCAGCUUGUGCGCCCGACGUAUCAACAAGCAUGCCUUGUUCUGAUGGCAGUCCUGUGGUUCUCUCGACGCGCUCUCAGCGGAUCCAGAGGAGCAGUGGAGCAGGGUUUGCCACUCUUAGGCGACAACCCGUUUCUCCGCGGGAAGAGCUGUACCAAGAACUCAGAGGACGCGUUGAGUCCAACAUCUUGCUGCUCAUGUUUCCGUCCCACGGUUCUUCAGCAGCAGGAGGCAGCAAACAAGGAGUGCCUCAGUUGUCGCAACUCAAGGCACUAUACGAUGCCUGGAAGCCCCUUUUUGGCAUCGAAUGUGAUGCAGCCGUCACUGCAGGGCAGUCUGAAUCUCGCAUGCAUCCUCUACAAGGGGAAAAGAGCAUUACGGACCUACUUCUAAAGUGGAUUGCAUAUUGCGUGGCAGAAGUUCUGCAGCAGCCGCGGAAUGCCCAAACCCAGGAGUCUCUUUCUGUCCUGCUCCAGUUGCUGCAACUGGUGAUGCAGCCCUACAACAGCCUGCGCGUACCUUUACCUCUCUAUGAGCAGCAGCAGAUCUUGCAACAGCUACUGGAUGUUGCUUCUGCAUGCGCAACCACUCCAAACGCAAGGGGAAUACCGACACCAAAACCGAUGUCGAAGCAACCACGCCAGCUCGUGCGCGAGACCCUACUGCUGCUAGCAGCGAUUGUAGAGGACCGCCCUAGGUUUCUUUCUGCAGUUCACAGAAGCCUUAUCCGAUGCAAGAACAAGGAACUACUUUUAGACUUGAUGGCUGCGAUGACCCGCGCAUUGGGACAGCAUGUGCAGGUUCAGCUGCAGGCUAAGGGGGGUGCUACGUCUUACAACGAAACACUCAGUGACUUUCUUUCUCAGCAGUGUGCUGCCCGGUUCUUCGCCCUGUUCACGGACUCAAAGGCUUCAACCGAGCAGCGCAAUUUGGCUUUUGAUUUCCUCGUUCUAUGCAAUUUAGCAUUGAAGGGAGGAACUCUCCACUUGUUGCCUUCCCUCUCUCCUGAAUGCCGGGCUAGAGUGGUUGAGGCGACUAAGCAGAUAGCCGCUUCCGGACUUUCUCAAGGGCGGCUCGAAAGCAUGACUGCCCACCACGGGGACGGCUGCAGCAGUGCAGGCGAGGAGACUGCGGAUCAGCCCAAUAUAGGGCAAGCGCCUGCAACUGGUCCACCAUCACAGGCAGCGGAUAUUGGAUCCAUUGACACAAAACUCCCAGGCUCCGACCUCAGCGACCAUAACAAUUUCGGCAUGUCGCAAGCCACAGAGGUUGUUCCUGAUGCUGUGGAGACGACAAUCGCCAAGCCUGCAAGUGUGGACUCCGCCACCUCUGCUUUAGUACAAGCAGUGGCAGAGGCAGAUGCGUUGCUGCAGACGGGAGAAGAAGAACUGCGGCAACAAACUAGCGCUCUGGAGGGCUGGCUAACAGCCGCAAGAGAGCUGCGUGCGAAAACUAAGUCAGCCGGUGUUGCUUUCUCUGUUCAUCUUGACUCGACGCUGAAAAAACCGGAAGGUUCUGUGCUCAAAUACGAUUCGAAGCACAGCCAAACAAGUUUGGAAGCAAAGGAGGCAUCCAAUAUCCCGGUUGAAUUGCUCUGCUGUCUUACGGCUUUAAAGACAUGGUGCGCAGAGCUAAAAUUGAGGUCAUUGCCGCGAGCUGCAUUUGGAGCGCACUGUUUACUUUUCCUGCUGACUUCGGCUCCUCCCAACCAAAACAGCGCGGCAGCCACGGCUGCAACAAAAGCGGCAGCUGCUGCAUCACAAGCUGCCGUCGAUGGAAUACAUGGGAAAUCAGCGGACGGCACCAUGCAGCAGCAAGAGGGUGACCAACCGCUGACCCGUCGGAGCAGCCGGCAGCACAUUCAGCUGACGCCCGUCGGCGAGGCAGUGAUGAGUGCUCACCCCCUCAGCUCUCACUUUGUGAUCGAUGGAGUCACCAAGGCGCUUGAAUUCUUUUUCGAGCCUCAACAUUAUGAAACGCUGCAUGGUGCUGGCCUGAGUCUUCAAGGUGCCGCUUCGGCCUUGUUGAUUGCAGAGGCCAUUACACGCUGGCGAAUGCAGUUUUACAGAACCUCAAGUAGCUCGGCCUCGUACAAGCAGAAAAGGAUGAAGGUGUCCUACUUGAGGGACGGAGGCUUGAUGCCACUGCCAGACAAGGACUUGUUGCAGCAGUGCUGCAGCUGCCUCCUCUUGUGCAUGGGAAGAUACCAGGAUUAUCUCUACAAAAGUCCAAUCGCUAUGGAUCCGCGUCUUGGCUCCGUGCGCUACUUGGUAACCUUUCUUCUAAAUCAAGUCCUCGGAAGAAGCAUUUUGCAGGGGGAUGCCCGUGUCCUAUCGUCCAUCGCUGAAUGCUGCUUUUCAUUAGCAGCUCAGAAUAUGGGCAGUGCUUCCGAUAGCGUUCAGAGGAAGCAUUCCGUCACCUUAUGGCGGCUCGUCAGCAAAAUCCAUAAGAAGGCGGUGCCUCUGCUGGAGAAGCAUGCAACAGCAGAACUUCAACAGCGAAAGGGGGUUUCAGGUGUAGAAUUCGCCGAAGUGGAAGAACGAUACAUUGUAGAGGCCCUUAGUAUCUUAGACCUCAUAAGUACGGUUGUGACAUCCCUUUCUCGCUUAGAAGGUGCCUAUCAUGCUGCGAAGCUUCUGAUAGAGCAGCGCCACCAGCACAUCCAAAACCGAAAGCAGACGGAAGAGAAUGGCUUGCAGCAGGGGCUUGAGAGUCGCGAAACGUCGCUCAUAGCGCUUCAAAGAGAGAGACGGAUGUUUCUCCUUCAUGCAAAACUCUUCAUGCAUUCAUUUGUAACUUUGUGCCCGGCACUUCUGGGCGUUCAUCUGGAGGCAGCAGGAAUAACAGAAUCUGCAGAACGGAGUGAACGGCUGGAGCGACUGCUGCGCAGCAAUGGUGCGGACGAAGAACAUGAUGCUCAAAUGAACGUGGACGAGCCAUCUUCACUUGCAGCAGAUUUACAUAGUUCGGUGCCGCAAGUUCGAGGAGCAGAAGAGGCCUGCAGAGGACUGAGCAACUAUUCAUGUGCAGCGAGUGCUGCUGCAGCGACAGCUUGUGAUAUUCAGCAGGUUGUGGCACGCCACCGGAGGUUUCUUGAAGAAGCAGAAAGAGCACAGUCCGAGGACUGCUCGAUGCAAGUUGAUUCGCCAUCCCCAAACGACAAUAACAAUUCAGCUUUGAUAGAGGCUUUUCUUAAGGCAAAACGGACAGCACUUGGCGCUCUCCUUGUCCGGGGAGGCAUUGAUCCUUCGAAAGAUCAGAAGGUGGGCCCCUUUGGUGGCAGCGCCUUACGUUGGCUCUGCACCGGCGGCCAUUCGAUUAAGCAGCAGCCUUACGACAGCAGCGAUGACUUCAUGCUUCACCCCUUUGUGCAGAAAGUUCGAGAAUGCCUUUUAUCUCCCGCUCAGCAGCACACACUGCUACAUAAUCAUUCUAGCGUGUCUUCUCGCCCAAGUGCUCUUGAUAAUUCAGCUUGCAACGGCAUGCACAUGCUUAGAUUCUGUGCUGGCACGUCAGCGGUUCUCCCUCACCACAAGCUUGCAACACUGAGGGCUGAAGCUGCAAAUCGUGACUGCGUUCCAACAGAUUGGCUUGAUGUCGGGUCAGUAGGUCGAUCUUACAAGCUAGAACCCCAGCCGUCUCAAGAGAGUUCCAGCGUUCUUCCCCCGCAUUUGAAUUCAUCUGAAGCUCCACACAUGAAUUCUGCCAGCUGCGCUCAGCCAGAGCCUUCUGGCUGCGGGAGAGCAAAGCGGAGCGGCGAGCUUCCUAAUGCAGUGGGAAGUAUGGGCAAUGGCUGCUUACCGAAUGAUGCGAACGAAGUCACGGCAGAGAGAGAUGCUGUUGCUGAUUCCGCUGGCUCCUGCAGUACUCAAGCGCUUGUGAGGAACUACGAUGCCACUACUGGUAAAGGCUCAGAACCCCCAUCCACUACACGAAUUAUGAGGCAUGGUCCGCAGCGUCCGGCCACCGGUUCCUUCGGGCGCUCUAACUCCAUGCGGGAUGUGGAUAGGCAUCCCGGGGAAUUGCCUUCCACUCCCAUGACGGCUUCAAGAUUACCCCAGUGGAAAAAUUCCAGACCUUCGGUUCCCUCAGCUUCUCCAACUGGUUCACACGAGAGGCAUAUGCGUGGUUCUAGCAGCUUAAGCAGGCGCCCUAGAAAGCCAGACACACUGUGCUUCUCCCAGCCUACCACAACUGAUCCGCAAUGA